GGCCCCUAAAUUGUGUUGCUUUCAUUAUUACAGAAACUAACAAAAAUAGUAAUUAGGUUCCCCAUAAACAGUGCUUAUGCGCGAUCUCAAAGCGCAUCAGAAACAUAACAUUUUCGGCGAUCUAACAGAGAUAACCUUUUUAAAAAUUUUUUUAGGCAAUCGGAUGUCAUCUAGCCAGUCCUGAAUUAAAGUUUUCUGAAAGCUGUCAUGGGCAAGCGAGGCCAGGCGAGGCGGCGGCCUGGUGUUCAUUGUUCCUGCUGGUUAUUCGCAUGGCCUAAUUACGUGAGGAAAACAGAAUGAAAGAAAAUGGAUGGGAAGCAACACCGCUAGCGGCCGAGUUCUUAGAAAAGCAGAAGUUCGUCGUUCCUCCUCGCACGCACAGCGAGUGCUGGGAAGUGGCCUGCAUCCUGCCCUGAUUUGGGGGCCUCGCGGUUCCCCUCCCGACAGUGCCCCAACCACCCGCUGCUUGGCCGGCUCGGCUGCUUGCAGAGCCCCUGCCAGUGCCGCACGCCCAGGGCCGCGGAAUCCCGAGCCGCUCCGGCCUGCGCCCCGCGCCUCCAGGCACCAACUUCUCCAUGGGACUGGCCCGAACUUUCCCGAACCGCACUUGGCGGCGCCGCGGCCGAGGUCCCGCGAGGACUCCUCCGGCGCGGCGAAUGCUCGCUCCGGCCGCCGCCGCCGCCGCGCGGGUCCUGGGUCGGGAGGGGAGCCCCAAGUAGCAUCCCGAGGCCGCCUGGACUCCCGGGCCCCGGCGGAACCUCGGCCCCGAGACGCGAGGACUACUCGUGAGCGCGGCAGGCCUCGCCCCCUCCCUCCCCGCCCUCCGCGGGCUCCAGCCUGGACCCUACCUGGCUCCCAGGCCGGGCGCGAGCAGCAGCCGGGGGCGCGGAGGCCCCGCGCGCGACGAGGGCGGCGGGGGUUGGGACGACAGCGGCCCGCGCGGCUCCCACGCUUCCGCCGGAGUCAGGAGUUGAACAUUCCGCCUCUCUGCGCGGCGCCAAUGAGGAAGACAGUCACGGCAACAGCACCACCUACCUCCCGGCGCGGAACGGCCGGGCCGCCCUCCCCUCACACGCGCGGGCGAGCGGGGCGUGGGGAAGGCCCUUGGGCCUCCCUGGCCUGCGCCCGGGGGGCACCAUCCGCCCCGCGCCCCGGCACCCGCCGAGGCCCCCAGGCACACCUGCCCUGCUGUCGGGGGAGAGCUGUGGGGGUGUUCCCCCUGGCCAGCAUCUUUUUGACGAGUUAACACCACCUGCUACUCCUUCAACUCAGUCUUCAACAAACAGGCGCGGGGCACGCAAAGAAAUAGAGGCUGUUUUGUGCCCUGCAAGAGUUAAUUCUCUAGUUGGGAAAGGGACAAACGUAGAGAUUUCUGGGAACACAGGUCUGAAGGCUGCCUCCCUAGAAAGAUCAGUAGGUACCUCUGGAAUUUUGAGGAGGGGCCGUGGUCCGCUGCUCUAGUUGGUGACUUUAACAGAGCAGAAUUCAGAUAAGGAACCAGAGUCCAUUACAGGCCUAAGCCAAAGGUGGGCGUUGGGAAGAAAAGAAAUUUCUGAUUGGGGAGGAUGGUUUUGUGAAGGAAAAGUGCGAGGAGGUAGCAAUGCAUGGGCAACAUUAUCCAGGAGUUUGAAUUUGAAUUCUAUUAUCCAUGGACACCGGGGAGCAGUGAAAAAUUAGAAUCAAAGGGGUGAAAUGGGUGUUUGUGUUUUUGUUUAAACUGUAAUUUCGAGAGAGUAGUCCACAUAGUUAUAGGUUGGGUUGCUAGGAUGGAACCAGGAUGAGUGGUAGAUAUUGUCACCACCCGGUUGUGGGAUCAUGAGGACCUGAGUUAGGGUGUAGGAAAUGGAAUUUUUUAAAAAAUGGGCUGGGUGUGGUGCCUGUAAUCCCAGCACUUUGGGAGAUCAAGCUGAGAGGAUUA